AUGAUGUGCAAGUCGGACGACCCGGUGCCGCAGAGAGCUUACGCAGUCGCUAUACCUCUGCUGUACGAAAACGAUGUAAACAACAGCGCGAGACAGGAAGGCAGCGGAGAUCCGUCUUCAGGGUUCCGAAAAGUGGAGAAGAGAGCGGUGCGAUGCAAUGCCGUGGUGCAGUUCGCUGGGAGUUCCUGCAUCGAUCCUGAGGCACAGCCAAACGGCGGCUAG